AUGCACUUCCAACUUUUGCUUCCAAUAAUGACACUACGUUCAUCUUUUGAUAGUAUUAAUGUCAUGCUUUGUAACAUGGGUACAAUCGUUAAUUCAGUGUGGUUUCUCAGCAAUUUCACAAUCUUUUUAAUUCAUUAUUUCUUCGUGUUAUUAAUUUUAUUUUUUGUCAUCUCAAAAUUCAUUAAAUUAAAGUCACCGCCUAUUCCAAAGAUAUUCACAAAUAACUCAUACUGUAUUGCAUUUCAUGGAGGCAUUUUUGAUGUUCCCGAAAACACUAAAGCUAGCAUUGAAUAUAGCAUUUCUAAAAAGUGUCAUAGAGUCCUGUUAAGUCUAUCGAUGACGCAAUGUGGAAAGCUAGUAGUGCUUGAUAAAGAAACAUUAGAGAAGGUUAAUAUUCAUAAGGAUGUCAAUAAAGUGACUUAUAAUGAGAUUAAGGACAUUAAUGUAUCUUCAACACAUCCACUUGGCAAUCAAUUUGGUGAUCAGAAAAUUUUGACACUUGACUGCCUUAUAAAGAUUGUGGAACCGCUGAAUGACGAUUUCUAUGUUAUCCUUCAUGCAAGUGGAAGCAAUGCAAUAUUUAUCGAGAAACUGAAGCAAGCAAUAGCCACUCAUGAGCCACUAUUCACCAAAAAAUUCAUUUUAUGUUCAAAUUCGCCUAUAAUCAUCUAUAAAUUAAGAAAGCUAUUCCCAAAUCUCAUGUGUGCGAUUUGGAUGGAUAAUAUAUCAAGCUGGCGUUCAUACAAGCGACUUUUUCGACUAUUUAACAUUAUUCGAUCGAUUUAUGACGUAAUUUUACGGAACUUAAUCACACCCCUAAUUGGAGUUAACUUGGUCUUCAUUCACAAGGAUGAGUUCAAUACCCACAUAUCGGAAUUAUGGCAGAAUUAUGGGGUCGUUCCGAUCGUCUAUUACGUAAACUCUCCGAGCGAGAAGCGAUAUUAUCAGAAUAUUAUCAAAACGCGUUAUUUAACAGCUAGUUUACGUUCAGAACCACAGAUUAUUUUUAACUCACAAAAAUCUUAA